UCUUCUUCCUCUUCAAAUUAAAAUCUCAGGAUUCAAAAACAACUUAAACAGACAAAUGAACAUAUUCGAUUUAAAUCCAAUCAAAUGAUCCACAGAUGAUGUGCAAUUGCUGUAGUUGCUGCUGUUCCUGUUCCUGCUCCUCACUCACUCUCCGCCUCCGCGAUGAACUCAGCUGCUUCCUCCGCGACUACGAUCGCCUCCAAUACAUCGCCGUCAUUCUCAUCUACAUUCAAAUAGGUUGCGCGCUGAUCGGAUCGCUAAGCGCAUUAUACAACGGAGUUUUGUUAAUAAAUUUAGCGAUAGCGUUGUUCGCGCUUGUGGCAAUUGAGAGUAGCAGUCAGAGUCUUGGGAGGACUUACGCCGUGCUUUUGUUCUGUGCCAUUUUGCUUGAUACUUUUUGGUUCAUUCUUUUUUCGCACGAUAUUUGGAAUAUUUCAUCCGAUAGUUAUGGAGUUUAUUUCAUAUUUUCGGUUAAACUGGCUUUGGCGAUGCAAAUUGUUGGUUUUUCGGUGAGGUUAUCGUCGUCAUUGUUGUGGAUUCAGAUGUACAGGUUGGGGGUUUCGUAUGUGGAAGGGGGUGGUGGUGGUGCGAGAGAGCCUGAUUUUGAUUUGAGGAGUAGUUUUUUGAGUCCGGUUACGCCUGCUGCUGUUGCUGCUGGGAAUAGAGAGCGUUCUGUGAGUGAUGAUGUUUUGGGAGGAUCCAUUUAUGACCCUGCUUAUUUUUCUUCUCUCUUUGAAGAUUCUCAGCAGAACAAAUAUUCAUUUGUGGGUAACAAUGAUGGUAUUGGUGAUCAUGAAUCUAGUUCUGGUACUGAAGCCUCUCAAACUAAGGGAUCCACGGGAAGAUCUUUUCAGUCUAUAGAUAUUUGAGUGCUUGCAGGAGGAGAAUGCAUUAGACAAGCAGCUGAGAAUUUGACUAGAUCAUCUACCAAAAGAUUAGCUUGGUUUACACUCUCCAUAUAUUGUUUGGAGGUCUAUUUCAUUGACUUGGCCAAGUUCUGCAUAGGGGUAGUAUUUGUACAGUCACCCACCUUUGGCAAUUUUUUUCAUAUUAGAUGAUAGCAUUGAAACAAAAAGUUUAGACGAACCACAUUUUUUUGUUUCUAUUGUGAGUAGUGAAGUCAAAAGAUUUUGCUGUCCGAGAACUGGACCAUUAUUUGAUAUUAAGGCAAGAUGCCACCUUGGCAAGGUCUAUGCCUUGUAUGUAGGUUAGGUGCAGUGGUCGGACAGAAUUGCAAAUGCAUUGGCGUGAUGGAUGUAGAUAGAGAUUGGAUUUUGGCAUGCAAUGCAGUGGGCUAUGCCAUCUUCAUUUAAGAGCCCUCCCUCGUUGCGAUGUUCCAAAAGCGGAUUAAUUAGAGCUUUCUUUCUCGAGUCGAUAUCCUGAUUCUUUCCAUUGGUACUUGGAUUAUUAUCAUUAUUUUUUUGGUUUUACUUGGUAUCAGAAUGAAAAUAUAUGUUCUCAUUUUGUUAUGGGUUACGUUUGUGACGUCUGAAGAAUGACAAUUUAAUUUUGUUUUGUUGAUUCAAAUACAAAGU